AUGGCCAUCGGUGCUCUUGCUCGCUGCGGAGCAGAGCUAUCGCCUGAGCUCAAGGCCAAUUAUAAGAUACCUAGUCGUGCAGCAUCCAUAGCGUCUACCGACUCCAUCGAGGUGAACACCUACAUCCACGUGAUAACCAAUGGCUCGACCAUCGACGACGGUCAUCUCACCAGUGAGCAACUCGACAAGCAGAAGGCUGUGUUGAAUGACGUUUUCGCGGACCAUUCAAUCCAGUUCAACUUUCUUGAAACUACGUACACUGAAAACGAGGCCUGGGCCCUUGGUAAUAUGAGACAAGAGAUGACGACCGCGCUUCGAAAAGGGUCUUACAAGGACCUCAAUCUGUUCUUCCUAGUGUCCAUGGGCGGCCAAGUCACUGGGCAGUGUUCGUUUCCACUGAACCUGACCGACUUCCCCGACCCUGAUAGAAUGAAAGCAGUGGAUGCUUGCAUGAUGGUUUCAAGCACUGUUCCUGGUGGCUCUCAUCCUACCUAUAAUGCUGGUCUAAACACUGUUCAUGAGGUUGGGCACUGGUUUGGACUCAUUCAUGUCUUCGGCGAUACAUGCGGAGACGAUGGAGAUGAAGUAGAUGAUACCCCUCAACAAGGAACGGAGACUUACGGAUGUCCUAUUGGCAAGGAUAGCUGCCCUGAAUUACCAGGAGUUGAUUCAAUUCAUAAUUACAUGGACUAUUCGGAUGACGAUUGCAAGACUGAGUUUACGCCUGGGCAAGUGAGUAGGAUGCGUAAUGCAUGGGCGGCUUUCAGGGAGCCAGUCGACGCAUGA